AUGAGUACGACGCAGCAAGAUGCCGCCGCAGCAAACGCCAAUCCGAGCGGCACCAUCAAGACGAGUGUGUCUAUCUACUUCUCAAUACUGGGAGCAGGACUGAUACUAUUCGAGAGUCUUCGUAGACGCUUCCGUCGCGCUUACGACAAUCGUCGUCAAGAGGAAGAUAUUUUCAACAUGUCCACUUUGAAUUCUCGCAGUGAUGGACUGUUUCACUGGGUUCCAGCAGGUUUCCGUGUGUCGGACGAUGAAAUUUUGCAACGAUGUGGAUUGGACACGAUGACAUUCCUUCGAUUCCUGAGACUUGGUCAGAAGCUGGCACUGUUGGCUGUGGGUUGUUCCGCGGUGCUGUUCCCUAAUUUACCUGAAGGGAAUGACAGACUGUGGGCCCCGACAGUCGUAGCGUUUAUUAUGGCAGCAUACGCGAUGAGACUGUUAAUCAGAGAGUAUAAGCUCUACGUGCGAUAUCGUCACGAAGUGUUGGGCAGGAUGGAGGCACCACAGUACUCGGUGCUGGUCAAUGACCUGCCACUGCAUCUGCGAACGCGCCAAACGCUCGAGAUAUAUAUGUCUAAGAUUUUCCCAUCGUCGAUCCGAAACGUGUAUGUGGCGCUAGAAUGUGCCACGUUAGAGAUGUUAGUGGACCGACGUGAAAAAGUACGUGGAGCUCUUGAACAUGCGCUGUCAAAGUGCGAGCGAUCACGUAUGAGACCGCGACAUCGAGAGGGGAGAUCGAGAAUUCGGAUGAUGAUGUGUAAAACCGGAAGUCGAGGUUUCGAGGUUGAUAGUAUUGAUCAUUACCAGGACCAAUUGGCAACACUAAACGAGGAAGUCGCGAGAGAGAUUCGAAGUAUUGAUGACGCUCAGGAACAACUUGCGAUUCAAGUCGAGGAACAGGAACGCGAAACUGGAAGUUUUAACGAUGACGAAGAACUGCAGUUGCCAGAAUCUAGAGGAGGCUGGGAAAAAGUGUCAAAGAAGACGAAAGAGCACGAGGAUUCGAAGAGGGCCCCACUGAUCGAUCGUCGUGGACGGGCAGAAGAAUUGCACAACAGUUUUGGAGGUGACGAGGAAGACGACAUUGAUGAGAAGAAAGCGCGCCGACACGACAGAGAAAUGAGUCAGGACGAGCGUGAGCAAGUUCGCAAGGAACGACCGAUCCGGGUGAUGAGGAGAGCAGCGUUUGUUUCAUUUUCGUCGCUUAUGUCAGCACAAGUUGCACAGCAGGCGCUACAGUCUAAGGACCCAGAGUGCAUGACUGUUGUGCCGGCACCGCAUGUGGACGACAUUAACUGGAACAACAUUGGGCUUCGCUAUCGCACACGAUCGCUCGGAAUGCUUGUGUCGUCCUUGAUUUCGGCCACAAUUGUGCUAUUCUGGACGAUCCCCACUGCUUUUGUGGCCUCGCUGGCUACAGUUGAGUCACUUCGACGCGCGCUUCCGUUUUUGAACAGGGCUUUCGACGAAUAUCCGCUUCUUCAAGAUAUUUUCAAACAGAUCGCACCGCUUGCUCUUGUGGCGUUGAGUGCGUUGGCACCGAUCGUGUUCAGUUUUCUAUCGGGUAGAGAGGGCCAUCCGUCGAAUACUGAGGUUCGUGCUGCCCUCUUCACGAAACUAGCGUAUUUUCAGUUGGUCCAGAUUUUUUUUGUGACAGUGAUAGUCGGAACCAUCUUGGACAGUCUUAAGGAAAUUCUGGAUCAGCCGAAGAAACUUGUGUCUAUGCUUGGUCGCAGCAUGCCUCAACAAUCGACGUUCUUCAUCUCGUACGUGAUCGUGCAGACAGGAUUGGGCCUCGUGUUGGAGUUGCUACGUGUCGUUCCGUUGAUUUUGUCUGCACUUUAUGCACUUUUGGCUCCGAAACACACGCGACGUGAGCGCAAUUCGCCGUGGUUGGGUCUGCGUGAUAUCGCACAGACCAAUCCGUUUGACCCGACGAACUCUCUUGCCGAUAGUUUUCUGGUUUUAUUGGUCACGCUGACAUUUGCACCGAUCGCGCCUUUGGUUUGUUACUUUACGUGGUUUUUUUUCUUCGUGGCCGAGAUAGUCUAUCGUCGGCAGGUACUCUGUGUGUACAAGCCGACGUGUUUUGCUCUGGGAGCGUACUGGCCUCGUAUGUUUAAGUUUUGCAUCAUCGCUCUCGUCGUUGCUCAGCUCACUCUCAUCGGAAUUUUGUCACUCAAAAAAGCAGCUACUCCCUCGAUCUUUAUCGUUGCGCUCAUCGUUAUCGUGCUGUUGUUCAACUACCACGUUCUCACUCUCUACCCACCGGUAGCCAAGUAUCUGCCGUUGACGGACUGCGUGCGUCUGGAUACUGCGCGAGGCCUUCGUGAUCCUACAGCACCGAAGUUUUUCUUUUUGGAUAACGUCUAUCGACAACCAGCACUGAACCAGCGAGUCCCUAUUCGUGCAGACUAUCGGAUGUUGGUGAAUGCCUACAGCGACGAAACAGCAUUGACAUCGCCUGAGGUUUAUUCUGCUGAGGAUCAGCACUUGUUUACUAGUGUAGUCUGA